UAAUCACGUUGUCAGACAUCGGCCUAAAAAGAAGCCGUUUAAGAAACAAUAAACAAAAGUCCGGGGUACGAAAAAGCCGAAAGACGAAGAGAGGAAAGAGAUGACGCGAGGAAAGCAGAAGAUCGAAGCGCAGAGGCGAAAUGCGGAGAAGAAUCAAAAGCCAAAGGGUUCUCAGCUGGAAGCGAGAGCUGUUGCCCUCAAAGCCAGCUGCCCCAUCUGCAAGGUGCAAUUAGCGAAUGAAAAGCAACUUGGUGAUCAUUAUGCCUCCAAGCAUCCAAAGGAAAACCCUCCUGCUGAAUCAAGUUGAUUGCUUUCCCAUGUAAAAAUGCAAAAAGGAAAAGAAAACAAAAGAGCUUUUCCUGUGUGAUUUCUAAAUAUUGUAUGUUAACUGUGUCUUAUUUUAAACCAACGAAAAUGGCUCUUAUGGUCUAUUUGCCUUUCACUUUCAGUAUUGUAUAGAAUUGUAUGACAAUAGAAUGAUAACAAAGCAGUUGCCUGGGUAUAAUAUUUUACGAAUUCAUAAUGGCGUAUAGAUAUACUGAACUUAAGUAUAUAUGAUGCUUGAGAAAAUUUUGUAGAAAAAAUUCGAUUUGAAAAAAAUGUUAAAAUUCCUUGUGCCAUAGUGUUGAUCAGCUAAUCAUAUGUAUUAAAAACCCAUAACACAGUAGCUAAUCCAGCAAAGAAGCAAUUAUAUUUAUGACUUAUGUUACUUCCUGGUAUGAAGCCCUGCCUGUUCAGCUAUAUAUAGCCUUGGAUGCUCACUACUUUCACUCUAGUCACGAUAGAUUUCUUCCAGUCUCUAGUUGUUAGUGCACCAUCCAUCCACUGUUAUUGGGGAUUAUUAAUCUGGGCUUAAAAAGUUAAGCAGCUCUCCUCCCCCGUAACCAUGCGGCCAUUAUGGAACAACUCCUGUUAAUUCAGAACACAGUACAAGACAAGGAAGGAAACAGAAAGAAAAUAUAUAAUAUUCCUCUCUUAUUAAAAAUUGAGGUGAGGACCGAGGAGAAAAGUGUUUUCUAGGACUUCCUCUGAAGACUUAAACCAUUAGAGUCAUGAACUUGUACAUUCUUCACACUAAUAAAUAGAUUCUGUAUUAAUUCUAUCUAGCCAUCUCAUGUGCUUGCUUCAUUGAUUAUGUGAUUAUGGUAAGAUGGUUGAAAAAAUCUCUAUUCAAUUGGUUAUGGUUUGGGCCUCUUAUCGAUUCAAAUACAAAGAUGACUUAGCUAUAAGACUUGGGAGUGACAUAUUUUUGUGCAAGAACAAAGGGCUUGGUUGGUGUUGUUGGGGUGGCAUUUGAAUUGCUAGAUGGACAAUUCUAUUAAUAGACUCAACCAAAAGUCAUGCAGCCACCGUAGGCAGGACUGCAUACCAUGACAAGUUGACGUCUCGUCUCGUCUAGGGUAGGAGACAUCUAAACCAAAGAGGGUAAGGGAUUUUACUUACUGCCGAUGGUAUUUAGGGACAAUGAAUUCCUUUAAAUAAUAUAUAUUUUGUAUAUCGAGAACCCCUGGCUUUCUUCAUUGUCCUUUUAUCUCUAACGGGUGCGCUGGCGGAUCUACAUAUUUUUAGUUUUUGUUUGUGCAUACAAAAAAUUCCUAUUUUAUUUCAAAUACUGUAUAUGUACCUCGCUUUACUCUCUUCUCACUUCUCGGUUUCAGUUCACAUUUGACAGUGAAUCGGUUCUAGAAAGAAGGAAGCGUCGGUUGGCACGUACAGAAGGUCACUGUCGCACGUGAGAAAUCACCUCCGCCUUAUUGGCUCACCUCAACUAGACCCUUUAAUUCGGAGCAUCUAAUUCUCGCACACUCUUUCCCUUUCCACAACUAAAACUCUCUUCACAAUCACAUAUAUACUCAAAUAUAACAAAAAAAAAAAAAAUCAAUCUCCCACUCAUUACUCAUCCAAGAAGAAGAAGAAGAAGAAGAAGAAGAAGCACUGAAUCAUUUUUAUUUCUCCUUUUUUUUGUUCUUUUUCUCUUUACAGCCCAUUGCCUGCAGAUCGAGUCAAUCUCAAAGCUGCCAAAUGGCAAUGUAGUCCAGAUAACCAUAUGUUACAACAAGGAGGGAUUUUUGGGCUUGGUGUAUCAGAUGAUUUGUAGUAUCUAUAUUAUGCUUGCUCAGUGCCAUUAUGGGCAUCUGUCUAAUGAAAUGUCAAUGGCGAUGGCUGCUUCAUGUUCUAUUCUUUUUUAUCCUAAUAAACAGAAUCAGAGCUAUCAGUCCUGAUGGAGAGGCACUUCUAAAUUUCCGAAUAGCAAUUGUUAGUUCAGAUGGUGCGCUUUCCCAAUGGAGACCAGAGGAUCCUGAUCCAUGCAAAUGGAAAGGGGUGAGAUGUGAUGGUAAAACCAAGAGAGUGACAACUUUGAGCCUUACCAAUCAUAAACUGAGUGGUCCUAUAUCCCCUGACCUUGGGAAGCUGGAGCACUUGAGGCUUUUAAUGCUUUAUAACAACAACUUUUAUGGGGCAAUUCCUUCGGAGCUGGGUAAUUGCACAGAGCUGCAGGGACUAUACUUGCAGGGUAAUUACCUGAGCGGAUUAAUUCCAAGUGAACUGGGGAACCUAUCUUCACUUCAGAAUCUGGAUAUCUCAAGCAACUCUCUCAGUGGAUCUAUCCCUGCUUCAAUUGGGAAGCUAGAUAAGCUUAUUACAUUCAAUGUGUCAAACAAUUUUCUGGUUGGGCCAAUACCAUCACAAGGUGCCUUCAGCAACUGUACUGCAAGCUCUUUUGUUGGAAAUCGUGAUUUAUGUGGAAAGCAAAUCAAUGUUGCAUGCAAAGAUGACAGUAGAGGAGCUGUAACAAAUUCCCAACCACCUACCUCAGCUCAAAAUCAAGGUAGUAAAAAGAAAUACUCUGGAAGGCUUCUCAUUAGUGCAUCAGCAACCGUGGGUGCACUACUUUUGGUGGCACUUAUGUGUUUUUGGGGUUGCUUCCUAUAUAAGAAGUUUGGUAAAAAUGAAGGCAGAACUCUUGCCGUGGAUGUCAGUGGAGGGGCAUCAAUUGUUAUGUUUCAUGGAGACUUGCCAUACUCCUCAAAAGACAUCAUUAAAAAAUUGGAAAAUUUGAAUGAGGAACACAUUAUAGGUACUGGGGGCUUUGGGACUGUAUACAGGCUCGCAAUGGAUGAUGGAAAUGUGUUUGCUUUGAAACGAAUUGUGAAGAUGAAUGAGGGAUUUGAUCGUUUUUUUGAAAGAGAGCUUGAAAUUCUUGGAAGCAUAAAACACCGAUACCUUGUAAACUUGCGAGGAUAUUGUAAUUCACCUACAUCAAAGCUGUUAAUCUAUGAUUUCCUGGCUGGUGGUAGCCUUGAUGAAGCUCUUCAUGAACGAUCUGAGCAGUUAGACUGGGAAGCACGAUUGAACAUUAUCUUGGGAGCAGCAAAAGGACUGGCCUAUUUACACCAUGAUUGUUCUCCAAGGAUCAUACACCGCGACAUAAAGUCCAGCAACAUUUUACUCGAUAGCAACUUGGAGGCUCGAGUAUCAGACUUUGGACUUGCCAAACUGUUAGAGGAUGAAGAAUCGCAUAUUACAACCAUUGUUGCAGGAACUUUUGGUUAUUUGGCUCCAGAGUAUAUGGUAAGUGGGAGAGCAACUGAAAAGACAGAUGUCUAUAGUUUUGGGGUCUUGGUGCUUGAAGUCUUAAGUGGAAAGAGACCUACUGAUGCAUCAUUCAUUGAAAAGGGCCUCAACAUCAUUGGCUGGUUAAACUUCUUAAUUACAGAGAAUAGGCAACGAGAGAUUGUAGAUCCAAAUUGUGAGGGGAUGCAGGCAGAAAGCCUUGAUGCCUUGCUUUCAGUUGCCAUCCAGUGUGUUUCUUCAAGCCCAGAGGAUCGACCCACCAUGCACAGGGUGGUCCAGUUGCUUGAAUCUGAGAGGGGAGUUGGAAGGUGUGGUCAAUGGUCUACACCCAUUUGAACCUGAAUCAGAGCUGUUGAAUAGAACUGGAUUUAGGGCGCAUAUUCGUCCUUCCAAUGCCCUGCCCGCAUUUGGCGUACGGGUGCUGCGUGCAUUCUUUCUUUCUCCACGUAAAUGGAAACUCCUUCAGUGGUAUCGAGUCUCGUCUUUGUUUUUACGUUAUGCAUUUCUUCCAAGUGUAUAUGAUGGUUGUAUAAAUUGGGAAUAUUGUUGUUUAUGCCAUUUUUAUAAAAUUUUGCUUCCAUUACCGUG